UUUUUCCCCCAGGUUUUGGUACUUACAUUACAUUUUGACUAGACUUUCUGCUCACUUACUGCCUUUUUAUGCUUCUCAUUUUCCUUCUUUUUUUUUCUGUCAAAACUGCCUUUCCACAUGGCACAGCCUUUUUCCUAUGUAAUCUUUGUACUUUCAGUUGAUAACUCUGGAUUUGAAUUUUUUUUCUGCCUCAGCUGUCAGUAUGAGAACUUCAGUUUACAUCUGUUUUUUCACUGGACUUCUUACUCAAUAAUCACUUCAGGAGCUUACAUCUUACCUAAUCAGAGCAGUAGUGGUUGAAUUCAGAUCUUCCUGAUGUUUAAAUGCUGAGGAAUGUGAGUGAAAGUUUUGGGGCAUUUAAAAAUCUGAAUGGUAUCAAAUACCAGUUUUUUACUGCAAACUGUGGCAUGGUAUGGCCUCUGAUUUGGAUGGCAAUCUAAGCCUUUUUUUUCCAGCACUGGAAACAAGGAGAGUUCAAACUCUUUCUCAGUUGUGAUAGGUUUAUGGAGACGCAAUGUAUUUUCUUCCUUUAACACAGACCCACUUUGGGGAUCCCAUAAUGGAGGGCAUCCAUGCUGGUCUUUCCUACAGAGCAGAAUCAAGACAAAUUCCAGAAGGACUCAAUGUUCUGGCAGUUUGCUCGAUCCUAACAGCAGCAUCCUUCCAAGGAUUUUAGUCUGCAGAGCCUUGCUUAUCCUUGCUGUAGCUGUUGGCUUCACAGGAGCUAUGCUGGGGUGGACAUAUGUCAUAUGCUUGUUAUUGGUUUUGGUUUUAAUAGGUAUUUCAGUCACCUUGUCUACUGUUGUCUCCAGUAUUUGAUAUUCCUCAUCAAAAAGAAAAUAUGGAACUAGACAAUGAUACAGUCCGUACCAGGCAGCAACCGGCAUUUUACAGAGUCCAAAGAGAAAUGUGGACUGAGGAACGCGUACAAGCAUUCUUGGAAAGAAACCUACCUUCCACCUUUGGUGGAGAGCCACAAAUCACUGAAAAGAAGACACAGCUACGUUGCAGGUUCUCCUGGGAAAGUUUCAAAAAGAUUAUAUACAAGAGGUUCCCUAUCCUGAGUUGGCUUUUUUCCUAUCAGUUCAGAGAGUGGAUCUUGAAGGACCUCCAUGCAGGCCUAAAUGUUGGGUUGGUUCAGGUUCCUCAAGGGCUGUUAGGAGUUUGGCUGGCUGGCUUACCUCUACCAACAAUCAAUAGCUUCCUUUCUGCAUUCUGCUGCUCAGUGCUGUACGUUGUAUUUGGAAGUUCACAUCACAUCUCAAUUGGCUCAUUCAGCAUCCUAAAUCUAGUGGUGAAAAAUAUUCUCAAGUCCCUUGAUCUCAACAAAACGUUGUCCUUUAACAGUUCACUGGUCAAUUUUUCAGACCCUACACUUUUGAAAGGUUACGUGGAGACCUUGGCACUCACUGCGUCAGUGACAUUUAUGACUGGCAUAAUUCAGUUACUGCUAGGCUGCUUCUGCCUGAAGUCUGUAACAGCAUACUUGCCAAAGGCUCUCAUUGAUGCUUACCUCUCUGCAGCAGCAUUGCUUGUCAUUGUAUCACAGUUCACUUUUAUCUUUGACAUUGUGCUUGACUUCCAUAAGGGCUCUCGAGACAUUUUUUAUAAUGCGUUCUAUUAUUUCCUGGCUCUCCCAAAGUCUAAUGCCACCAGCAUACUGCUGUUUUUGCUUAGCAUGGCCAUGCUACAAAUCAGUAAAGCUAUCAGGAUAACUUAUCUUCAUAGUCCUGUUGCAUUUCCAAUGGAGCUUCUCUUGAUCAUCACAGCUACCAUUAUUGCCAAUUGUAUUCAUUUUCACGCUGAAUCUAGCAGUGCUGUGCUCAGUAUGAUUCCUCAGAGGUUUCUACCUCCUACACUGCCAGAUUUAUCAAACCUGAGCAAGAUCAUCUUGCAUGCUUUCUCCCUUGCUAUUGUAAGCUGCUUCCUUCUUGUUUUUAUUGGAGAGAAGUAUGCUUUGCUUCAUAACUACAGCAUUUCCAGCAGUCAGGAACUAAUAGCUGUGGGGCUUUGCAAUAUUUGCAGUUCAUUUUUCAGAAGCUUUGCUGUCAGCUGUGCUAUUUCUGGAACUGUCAUCCAAGAGAAGGCGGGUGGAAGAACCCAGAUAGCAGCACUGAUGGGAGCAUCUAUAAUGCUGGUGAUUGCAUUGAAACUAGGACACUUUUUCCAGAUGAUACCUAAUAGCGUGCUGGCUGCUAUUGUAGUAUUUAACAUGCUACCUUUUCUUGAAAAACUUCUGGACAUUCCUACCCUGUGGAGAAAGGAUAAGUAUCAUUUAGCUAUUUGGCUUGGAACUUUUGCUGCAGUGCUUUGUCUUGGUCUUGAUAUUGGUUUACUGAUCGCCCUGGCAAUUGCAUUCUUCAUAAUCAGCAUCAGGACACACAGAAUGAAGAUGGUGGAGCUGGGACAGAUUCCAAACACGAAUAUUUAUAGAAGUUUAUCCAUCUGCAGAGCCGCAAUGGAGAUUGAUGGUGUCAAAAUCUUUCAGUGCUGUUCUUCCAUUUCUUUUGCAAAUAUGAAUAGCUUCAAAAAUUACUUGUUACACAAGAUGGACAUGAAAACAGUGCCUCUAAAUCCAAAUGAAAUUAGGGCCUUAGUUUCAGCUAAUCUGUCUGACAUUUCAGUGGAAAGCAAAGAUUUUAAAUGCUCUUGUGUCUGUGAUCCACCCUUACCACCACCUCGGAUACCAUAUACAGAGAAACUGGUGAAGUCAUAUCAUGUAGACAGUAAUUCCACGUCAUCUUCAGUUAACUUGGUACGUUGGUCAGAGUACGGAGUUAGACAGAACUGUGGGAUGCUCUUGCUGGGAGCAGCUAAUGCGCAGGCUGCAUCUCCAGGCAUUAAAACACAACUUCAGGCUGGAAAAAAUGAGGACGAAGGGAAACAAGCUGGUGUUUCACCGAGCUCUGCAGUAGGUAAUACCUCAGCACAAUUAGAUCAGGAAGAACAGCCAGUACAUUUGCCAAGUCCGGUUCACACCAUUAUUUUGGACUUCAGUAUGGUCCAGUUUGUGGAUUUGCAAGGUUCAGACUUACUACGACAGAUCUUCCAUAUGUUUUUCAGUAUCGGCAUUACAGUCCUUGUAGCUGGCUGCCAUUCCUCUGUGAUAGCAGCCUUUGAGAAGAACGAGUUCUUUGACAGCUGUGUCACCAAAGAAAUGUUCUUUCUAAGUCUUCACGAUGCUCUGCUGGCUGCUUUGGCGAGGCAUCAAAAGCCAGAUGAGAUAGAACUUACUGCAGAAGAGCAUGCUGAAAAGCCACAAGCUGAAGAUGAGAUGGAAAUAAAUUUGCUUAUGGAGAAGAAUGGAGGCUUCUUCACUGCAAGGAAGCCUAACAGCAAACUCCUGCGUGAAGAGCCAAUAUCAGAUAACUCAUACUCAGCCCGGAAUGCAGCAGAGUCAAGCUCUCACCUGCAGUUUGAAACUCUGUCCCUUCAACUGAAUUUCUAGGACCUCGCAUGGGACAAGGAAUGGAAGUAUAACAGCAACAUGUGGAUUACAACUAUUGGGGAAUUGGGAUUUCAGUAGAAGGAAGAAAGGUACAGUUAAGCAGCAGUUGUGGUCAUUCUUAUCAGUAUUUGAUGCUCUUUUUUUUUUUUCUCCUGUUUUUAUAUUUAGACAGCUUGACUAAUGCCUACAGUAAUUCUGUGGUUCUUAUCAAAAAGGAACACCUGGAUAAUUAUUUUCAAGUAGAUAGGAUACUCUCAGCAAUGUACAAGAGAAUUCCUAGUUUUGGUGAAUUCUAGCAAAUGAUUUGUGCAUCUUUUCUGAAAUUCUUUAGAAGUUGGUUUAAAUGCUGCAACUGAGCACUUUUUAUGUAUUUAUUUAUUUAUUAUUUAUUUAUUAAUUAUUUAUUAUUAUUUAUUGUAUUUAUGUAUUGGUAGUAAAACUCAUCUGCCAUAUCUGAAUAGAUUACAUGCAGGCAGAUUCAUUAUCUUCAGAGUGUGUAGAGUGAUGUGAGCUUCAAAGGAAAGCAUUUUCUUAUUGCUGCUCAACAAGUUGCUGAAGUUGAUCUUGUCAGCACUAACAUCACAUGAGUAUUUCUUCUGUUUACCAGAUUUACCAGAACAAAAUCCCAGUAAACAAAAAAUUUAAUUACA